AUGCCGCCCUUCACCUUCGCAGUCUCAAAAACAGCCCUCAUCACCGGAGGCGCAUCAGGCAUCGGCCUCGCCGUCGCCAAGAAAUGCCUCGGCCAUGGCAUGAAGGUCCUCAUCGUCGACAACAACGACGGAUUCCUGGCCUCGGCACGAGGCCGCAUCGACUUCCUGUUCCUCAAUGCCGGGAUACAGCCUUCCUCCGCCUGGGACGACCCCUCGGCCUUUCAAAAUAUCUUUAACGUAAACUUCUUUGGCGUGAUAAACGGCAUCACGACCUUCAAAUCCGUCGUCUCAUCGUCGUCGUCGUCCUCCUCCGCCGCCGCCAUCGUGAUAACAGGCUCAAAACAAGGCAUCACAAACCCACCCGGCAACCCAGCCUACAACGCCAGCAAAUCCGCCGUCACAACCAUCGCGGAACACCUCUCCUAUGACCUCCGCGGCUCUUCCUCCAACACCGGCGUUUCUCUCCUCGUGCCGGGAUGGACUUUUACAAGUCUCGGACGCAGCGAAGAGGAACGCACGUCGGCAGAGAAACCUGCUGCUGCGUGGACUCCGGAGCAAGUUGCAGACUACUUGGAGGCCAAAGUGGCAAUAGACGAGUUUUAUGUGAUUUGUCCCGAUAACGAGAUGACGGAGGAGACGGACGCCAAGAGAAUUCUCUGGGCUGCGGAGGAUGUUGUUCAGAGGCGGCCUGCGCUGAGUCGGUGGAGGAAGGAGUACAAGGAGGUAUUUGAGGGGUGGGUGAGGUCUUGA